GCAGAGGACUGGCCCUUCGGUGUCGAAAUGUGCAAAUUGGUACCCUUCAUUCAAAAGGCAUCAGUGGGCAUCACAGUGCUGAGUUUGUGUGCCCUCAGUAUAGAUAGGUACCGAGCAGUUGCUUCUUGGAGUCGCAUUAAAGGAAUUGGAGUGCCAAAGUGGACUGCUGUUGAAAUUGUACUGAUCUGGGUUAUAUCAGUGAUAUUGGCUGUUCCAGAAGCUAUUGCAUUUGACAUGAUUACGAUGGAGUACAGAGGAAAGGAUCUUAGAAUCUGCCUGCUUCAUCCCACGCAGAAAACAUCCUUUAUGAUGUUUUACAAGCAAGCCAAAGACUGGUGGCUGUUUAGCUUUUACUUCUGUUUGCCACUGGCUAUCACAGCAUUUUUCUAUACUCUCAUGACCUGUGAGAUGUUACGGAAGAAAAGUGGGAUGCAGAUUGCUUUAAAUGACCACUUAAAACAGAGACGUGAGGUGGCCAAAACUGUGUUCUGUCUGGUACUUGUUUUUGCCUUGUGCUGGCUUCCACUUCACUUAAGCAGAAUAUUGAAACUAACUAUUUAUGAUCAGAAGGACCCCAACAGAUGUGAACUUUUAAGCUUUUUUCUUGUGAUGGACUACAUUGGCAUUAACAUGGCUUCACUGAAUUCCUGCAUCAAUCCGAUAGCUCUGUAUUUGGUGAGCAAAAGAUUCCAAAACUGCUUUAAGUCAUGCUUGUGUUGCUGGUGCCAAUCCAAAGAUCUGUUGUCCCUGGAGGAAAGGCAGUCCUGUUUAAAGUUCAAAGCUAAUGAUCACGGAUAUGAUAAUUUCCGCUCCAGUAACAAGUACAGCUCUUCAUAAAACAAGCAUAAAAAGGUAUAUUCUCUUACAUUAAUACUGGUGCCUUUUAAAGUAGAAGUGGCAAUUACUUUUACUGAGAUGGUAACAUCUAGUUUUGUGUUUGCACAAAAAAGAACCUUAAAAAAUAUGUUUUUAAAACCAGCACAUGCUCCCAGACCGUGUCACAUUGAAAAUCAGAGACUUGUAUAAAAUCGUCAUUUAUGGAACAUGAAGAAAAGCGUAGAAAGAAGAAGUCAUUGUUAGCACUUGAAUACUUCUGAAUCAGCACUUCCAAAUGAUCCCCACUUCCUGUACAUUAAACAAUCAUUUGUAUUCGCUGUAACAGUUGUAGGAACUGAAGUCACAGUAAUUGCUAAGCAUUAUACUAUAAUGUUAAUUUGAUCAAAGUCAUUGGUAUAUAUAACUCCAUGUAUUGUAUUGUCUUUUAUAAAGCAGAUUAACCACCAUCACUAUUGCAUUUUUUUAAAAAUAAAACAUGAACUAUUUUGUAAUAGAAGUUUAAAUGUAAAAAUGUAGAAUUUUUAUCAGGGGUAUUAUAGAGGUAGUUAAUGAAGAUAUUAAAGGAUGCAGUCAAGUCAAA